UUCAUUCAUUCUUCUUCCUACCUCAGUUCUACUGUUUCCCAAAACCCAAAAGAAAAACCUCACAUCUCUGCACUUUUCUGUGAAUCACUUAUAGAAAACAAAACAGCAAAGGAAAUGUUACGUUCCCUUAGGAGAGCUGCAGCGACCCAUCAUUCAUGGCAUCUCAAGCUCGCUCCUUUCUCAUCUCUCAGCCACACUUCUAGGCCCCCAAAGCCCACACCACAUUUCAAACCCGAUCCCAAAAAAUCCACCGCCACCCCCGCUGCCGCCGCCGCCGCACUCUACGAUGAACAAGAACGUAUUCGGCAACUCGCCGCUGAUGACAAAAACCCUUCACUUGAUGUGGGGCUUGAUGGCGGUCCUCUCUUCACCUCGGCACCUUCCCUCUCUCACCUCUCCCGCAACGACGUCUGCACCUACUUCAAACUCACGAAGGAUACCCUGAACACGGUUUUCCCCGAGGGAUUGCCGGUGGGUAUGGUGAACGAGUUUCAGGACUCGAUGCGUAAGGCUUUACUUGUUCGCCAGAGCUUCUUGGAUCUCCGUGAUAACUUCAGGCGCGUGGUGGAUCCACCAAUGUGGUCCUCUAAUGGUAAAGGAGUUAAAGUUAGGAAGCAAGUGGUGUUAGAUGGUCCUGUUAGCUGUGGGAAGAGCAUUGCGCUUGCAAUGCUUGUUCAGUGGGCUCGAGAAGAAGGUUGGCUAGUUUUAUAUGUUCCUAAAGGCAAGGACUGGACCCAUGGAGGAUUUUUCUACAAGCACCCACUAACUGGUUUAUGGGACACACCUGUCCAGGCUGAGAAUGUCCUCAAGGAUUUUUUGAAGUACAAUGAGUCCUACCUAAAGGAACUUCCAUGCCAAAUAUUUGAUCCAAUCGUAUUAGGUGAGGGUGCUGGUGUUGGAUGGUUGAAAGAUGCAGAUUCCUUGGCAAUUCCUGAAGGUACAAAUUUAUACGAGCUGGUGAGGACUGGUAUUGAGCAGACACAUGCAGCUGUUGGAGUGGUAGUUCGUUUGAGGAAAGAGUUAUCACUUGUUAAAGACAGGCCUGUUCUUAUUGCAGUAGAUCAAUAUAAUAACUGGUUUACAUUCAGUGAAUAUGAGGAGCCAGUCACUAUCCGGUCUUGCCGGCCAAUACAUGCUAGAGAACUUUCAAUGGUGAAGGCUUUUAGAUCAAUGAUGCAUGAUGAUAUGAUGGUAGGUGCCUUUUCUCAUUCAACAGCAGUAGGAAAACUUCGUAAAGAUUUACCAGAUGUUCCAGUAGAUGCUCGUGUUAUGUUUCCUCGAUACAGUUUGGACGAGGCCGACACUGUAUGCCGUUAUUAUUUAAGGCAAAGGCUAAUUCGUCGCGAAGCUUUCUCAGAAGAAAACUGGAAGAAAAUUUACUUCCUGUCCAAUGGAAAUGGAACAGAGAUUAGGGGGUUGGUUCCUUUCAUGCGAUGACAGACAACAGAUGCAUUAUUUUUUACCAUUGAGAUGUGUUCUGAUUGUGAUUUUUAAUAAUAUCUAUAUCUCACAUUUGCUUCACCGUAGGAUACAGAUGGAUUGCUGUUGGCAUGGUCCAUUUCAAUCCUUUUGAUUAGCAUUAACAAUCUUCUCAAAGGCGAUGUACUAUUAUGUAUAUUAACCACUUGCAUCUUAUAGUUUCAGAAUCAGUAAUAAUUUUUUUGACUUUCGCUA